AUGUUCAGGCCAGCUCUACAGAAUAGAGGUUCCCCUAGCUGUAGCUCGUUUGUGAAAGUGCUCUCCAGGACGAUCUCUUCAAAGCAAUGGCAAGCCAGGCAGGGGAAAGACGCCUACACGAAGGAAGCUAGCAUACAAGGACUGAAAAGCCGAGCUGCCUUCAAGCUAUUACAGAUUAACGAUAGGUACAGGUUGUUCAAAAGUGGCCAAACAGUGGUUGAUCUUGGGUAUGCACCAGGUUCUUGGUCUCAGGUUGCCUUCAACCUCACCAAACCUCGUGGAAGAGUUGUUGGUGUCGACAUUAUUCCCGCCCAACCUCCAAGAGGAGUGUCCACUAUUCAAGGAAAUUUCCUUUCUCCAAGAGUCCAGGAAUAUGUCAAGGACUUUGUCCGGGAUCCGAACCGCGGUCGACCACGGUCACAGCUACCCGCACUCGGCGAGCAGGAGAAACCUUCUCCGCCUACAGAGCCAGGUGCCGAGACUGAUGGAGGCUACAUAGAUCUAGAAAGAAGUUCUAGCGCCCAUAUCAAUAAAGUGGAUGAGGCGGCUCCUUUGCCAACGAAAGCUAAAGUAGGGUCCGUUGAUGUGAUUCUAAGUGACAUGUUAAUGAAUACAAGCGGCACCAAGUCCCGCGAUCAUUUAGGGAGCAUGGAAUUAUGCAAUGCGGCACUUGAUUUUGCUUCCAACGUUUUGAAAGAAGGUGGCCACUUCGUGUGCAAAUAUUAUCAGGGGUCUGGGGAAAAGGACUUUGAAAACGACUUGAAACGGUUAUUUCACAGGGUAUAUCGUGAGAAGCCUGAAUCUUCUCGCAGUGAAUCCAAAGAAGCUUACUUCAUCGGUAUACGAAGAAGAAGCGACAAGUCUCAAGAAAAUUAG